UUCAGAUCAGGAUGGUAACACUAGGCUGCCUGUUGUGAUUGUGAUUGAUAGUCCGUAAUCCAAGUCCAAUUGAAUCGUACAUAUACAAAGUCGGAAAUACAACAAAUACUUAUCUUGUGUUUCAGCAGAAUAUAUAUUUUGUUGUGAAGUGAAAGUGAAUACUGACUAAUAAAUAACAAUCGUGUAAUAUAGUGGACAAUAUGUUUUUAAACAUAAAUUUACGAUUUAAUUAUCUACGUAAGGUUAUUGGAUUGUAAUGAUACCAACAAGGACGUAGUUUUGCGAGCAGCAAUAUCAGUCGCAGGAAUAUGACAUCUUCAGGUGGACCGAGUACACAUCUUGGAAUGCAUUCUACUAUGGCGAGCCAAAUAGGCUUACAUGCCCCGCCGUCGGACUUUGGCUUAACAGUGGGUGUGCCAGCGCCGACGAUGGGUUAUGAGAUUCAAGCCACCCAUAGCGGUGAUUCUUCCUCUGAUUCACAAUCUCCUGGUAUGCCCACAGCGAAAGCUAGUGACCGGGAGUCCCGUAUCAUAGCAGAAAAGCAACGCCGAAGUCAGUAUAACACUCAAAUAGGUCUAAUAAUGUCCUUGUUGUCUGACAUAGUGCACUCGCAACGCAAGGUUGAUAAGACGAGCGUGUUGAGACUCGCCGCCAACAAGCUCCGCAACGAGCAUGUGUUCGGUGAUACAAUCAAAUGUGGCCACAUCGAAACAUGGUCUUCUUCAUUCUUAAAGUUUUUUGACCUGUUUGGCGGUGUUAUGUUUGGAGUCACAUGCCGUGGUCGUUUGUUCAUUGUAUCCCCAAAUGUUCAGGAAAAAUUAGGAUAUUGUCAUAUAGAUCUCCUUGGCCAAGACAUGUAUAACUAUGUUCAUCCAGAUGAUAAGGAAACUCUUCGUCAUCAUAUCUAUCCUCAAGAACUUCAAACAAGCUGUGACAGUAGACUAUUUGAACACCAUCACAACUUCCAUAUCCGCAUUAUGAGGGCUGGUGCACGUUCAGAUCCUGCUAGAUAUGAACGAUGUCGUAUAGAUGGCAUUUUAAGACGCUCUGACAAAGCAACUUCUAAUGGUGUGCAAGAUGAGCAAAUUAUUAGGAGGCAAAGAGUUAGAACAAAUAGAACAUUUUCAUCUAGUGGAAAUGAUGUAGUUUUCAUUGGCAUGAUUCAUGUACUGUCUAGUGCUAUGCCAGCUCGGAUUCUGCCUCCAACAGCUUAUUCCGAAUACUGGACAAGACAUUUGAUUGAUGGUCGCAUAGUACAGUGUGAUCAAAGUAUAUCAUUAGCUAUUGGCUACAUGACAGAAGAAGUCACUGGUACAUCAGCCUUUGUAUUCAUGCACAAGGAUGAUGUUCGCUGGGUGAUUUGUGUGCUACGCCAAAUGUAUGAUGAAAGUAGAGAAUUUGGUGAGUCCUACUACCGACUAAUGUCGCGGUCUGGACAUUUUAUAUACAUGAGAACACGAGGAUUUUUGGAAAUAGAUAGAGCCACGAAGAAAGUUCAGAGUUUUGUUUGUGUCAAUAGUGUUAUUGGAGAAGAUUAUGGAUGUAGAAUGAUGGAAGAAAUGAAAAGAAAAUAUUCUGUUAUAAUUGAUGUAGAAAAACAACAAACUGAAGUGGCAGCCAAUGAUGAUGUACCAGUAGAACAUCCAAAACGUUUAGAACGCAUUGUUAUGCAUCUUGUUGAGCCGUCAGUUAAUGAAAACAUAGACGAGUUACAACUAGUGCCUCCUUCUAAAGAAAACAUAAUUUCAGCAAUUCAAAAUAGUGAAAAAGUUGUUCAGGAGACAGGAGUCAGGUUUGACUCAAGGAAAAGGAGGAAGGUGGAUUGUGAUGAUACUAGUGAAUAUUUGAAGAGACAUAGUGGACUGCAAGAUCUUAAUGAAAUAGAUCUGUAACUGGUGAAUAAGCUUUGUGAUGUCUGUUCCUAAGAUUGUUAGUUAAGUUUUCAAAAUGAAGCAGGUGGUAUAUUUGACCAAAUGUUUCAGAAUUAAAACAAUGUUGAUAGUGAUAUGUAGUAAGUGAACAUUGAUGCAGCGGGCUAAACAUUGGUAAGUCCCACUGUGUGGGCAGACUUCAUUGACUAAAAGUUAUAAUCAUAUAACUAAAAUACUGAAAGACUGUGCCUGCUGAGGCAAUUAAGUAAAACAAGAAAUACAGAACAGAAUGACCAGUUAACAGUAUAGUAGGUAUGAAGUUAUGAACUCAACAGCUAAACAAGGAAAGUAGAUUCUCCAUACAGUGUAUGUUCUGAAGUUCAGGUAUUUAAAGAUAACACUGUUUCUAUUGGUACUUAAUAAUAAUGUUGAUAGCGGUUGGGAAACUGGGCUUCAUUUGGCUUAAGGUUUUAUCAUUAGAAAUCAC